AUGGCAGAUACAAGUAUUCGCUCAACCCAUUCAAAUAUAUCUCGAGGAGCACGCCCGGAAUCGGGGAGAUUGCACCGGAAAUAUCCAUAUCGCUGGCUCUUCGACCAGGUUCAUGUCAAAAGCCUCAUAUUUCACGUGGAAGUCAGUUUGCUUGCUGCCGCUAUAGUCGGUCUGUACAAUGCCAGUCAAAUGACUCCAGAUGAGCAAUUUGAUCCUAUUUCGGUACCAGGAUUUGAUGGAUUUUCGGCAACUGGUGAGAUUCAGCGUAAAUCGAACGGACUUCCGGAACGUCCCAAUUAUAUGAUCUCCCGAAAUUUGAUCAACGUUUAUUCUUAUUUUCUUAUAUUCAGCGCGGUUACCGGCUUUCUUGGGAUGCGACUUUCCGAAACAAGUAUCACUCGCCGAAAGUUCCCACAACGUAUGAAUCCGGUCUUACUUCUUGUUCCAUCUACAAUUUCUGUGAUCACUUUCAUGUACCCUCUUUUUAUUUGGACACUUCGUGCCGUUCACUCAACUAUAAAGCUAUUAAUAUUCGAGAAACUGAAAAUUUCCAUUGUACUCGAUUCCUGCCGCUUGACACUAUUUCCAAUAAUCAUGAUCUGGGCAAUCUACGUGUAUUUUCUCUAUGGAUUUUGGCUGGGUGUAUUAUAUUAUCAACGACGGGGAGAUCCACCCACUCCAACUACUCAUCACGAUAGCCCAUUCCGACGUCCCGUCCGCAGAUCAUCACUGAUUCGAUUCCAUGGAAAAGCUGGCGUCAAUCUACUCUCCGAUCUCAACUCUGUCACCAACGAGCUUUCCGGCACCACAACAGCACCACAGUCGACGUCAUCGCAUUGCGUAUUAUCCAUUUCGUCGAAUUCAAUCUCAUCUGCGAAACAACAACCACACAAUCGUUCAGUAUCUCCAAGAAGCUUUCGUCAUUUGGAGACUGUCGACGAGGAAGCACAAAGUCGUACUUCUAGCGAAUGCUAG